AUGGCUGAACUCCAAAACAAGAAGCACAAGCAUGGAGCUAAGGUCCCUGCAAAGAGAAAGGGAUAUGGGAUUAGCAGCAAGUGUGCUUCUUUGGUUAAGGAGCAACGUGCUCGUCUUUAUAUCCUACGCCGUUGUGCCACCAUGCUCCUUUGUUGGUAUAUUCAAGGAGAUGACUGA